GCAGCUUUGAACAGUUUAGUAUUGGGAGUAAACAGUUUAGUAUUCGUGAGAAAGCUAAGUAAGGCCAGGAGCUACUUGUAGCGUCAGGAGCUAUAGUAUUAUCUCCAGUUUCAUAGGAAGAAUUCAAAGUGAUCCUUUCUUUCGAGCCUCAGCAUGACACCUAGCCUUUUUUUGCGCUACAUUUCGGGGCCUUAAUUUUGAGUGACUGUUCAUUGAUCGAAUUGUAGGUGGAGGGCUCAAGGGAUUGUCGACAACCGAGCUGAUUCAUGCAAAAAAAGAAAAAAGACAAAAGACAAUAGUAGCUUUAUCGUUCCUAGUAGUAAGGCCGGAAGCCCCUAGUAGCGUCCUUGCUCCGUUCGUAGCGAUGCUGUUUGCUCCGUUCGUAGCGAUUAAUGCCACUACCAUAUUGCUCGAGGUGCCAACCACUGGGCGAACAUGGACUGGUCCGGCAGGUGGUGUUUGGGUGGAGCCCAAGCCUGAGCCUAGUUUGAGAGAAGGCCAAGGCGCACGAAGCAGUUGAGAGCAGGUUUCAUCAAGUUUGAAGAGCAUACAACCUACUAGCGAUGGCCUCCAACCUAAUAGGAAUGGCCUUAUGCACGAUUGUCCACACAUGCAUUGUCAGGCUUGCCCAGGGCAAGCCUGGUUGGCUCUUGGUCGAAGGCCCUGGUUUCAACCAACCUGGCCCACUCUUAGAGGAAGUGCGGGCAAGCGAUGAGGAACCCAUCGUCCUCUAUGCUUUGUCUCCCAUCGAUGACAGUAAAUUUUGCGAAAUUUGCCUGAAGCCUUCUCAAACCGUGAAGCAUGCCAAGCAUUGGCUUGCCUUGCGCAUGCCUGGUUUGAAGGUGGAGAACAUCAUCGUGGCAAAGGAAAAACCCAGCGAGAAGACACAUGGCCAGGGCCUUCGCAACUUCCCAGCCAAUUGGAUUCUGGAAGACGAGGUUCGCUUGCGAGACACCCCGUUCCGGGACGGCGAUGAACUGGUGUUUUUCUACAUGGGUGACGCUGCCCAAGAUGUGGCUGCCGCAGCUGCGGAAGAAGAGCGCAGCCGCAGUUAGCAGCAUUAGCAGCGGAGCAUGCUGAGCCAAGCGAAGAGUGAAGACGAAGAACCGUGAAGAGAUGUGAAGAGCGAGACUCGAACCGAUGCGAG